AUGUUUCAAACUAGAAGAUUAUUCCUACUUCUCCCUCAAUUCCAUCAUAGAAGAUCAAUGCAUGUUAGACCCCAAAACUUUUGGAGAACGAAAGAGGCUCAAGGUGCUUGUGAGAAGUGUGUCAUCCAUGAGGCAGAUGCGGAUAAGGCUCCUUUCUACGAAGUCGUGCCUGUAACAAACGACCGAGCAACUGCGGUAGUAGCAUAUUUAAGAAACAACUAUUUCCAAGAUGAUCCAAUAGCUAGGGUAGUAGGUCUCUCAAAAAUCAAUGACACAAUUGAAAAAGUUGUCUUGCAAAAAAUCGAGGAAGGUGAUGGGGUCCUGGCGGUUUCGUCGUGCCCGGAUCGUCAUAUAUUAGGGGUCGCUAUAGGUAGCCCUUUCGGACCCAUGGAAACUGAUCUCACUUAUCGUUUGGCCAAGGUUACUGAAGAUAAGCACCUAAAGAAUUACAUGGAGUACCUGUCGCACAUGAAAUACUUGCACGAUAUUUCUACCAGCCUUGCCACCCAGAAGAUUUGGGACGUCUGUGUAUUGUCGACAGACCGAGGACCCCGAGGAAUCGACGUUGGCAAAAUGUUGGCCAAGAACAUUCUCGUUCUGGGCAAGGAUCAUGGGUUCAGAUUUGGCAGAUUGGAUUGCAUUAACUCUUUAAGUACGACCAUCGCCAAAAGUCUGCAGUUGAGAUUGAUGUGGUGGUUGGAAUUUAAAGAUUUUUCCAACUAUUACCACGAUGCUAUGUAUGGUGUCUUAUGUCCACACAGUGGCCUUAGUGUCUUUAUUACUGAUCUUAAGUCUAAGAAGAUCAAACGUUUCGAGAGAGAAAUAUUUGAAUUCGAAGGAAAGCAACAGUUAAUGAAACUACGUCCAAAACAGAAGUAA